CGUUAUGACACAUUCGGGGGGGGGGGGGGGUAGGGCGGAGGCAGGAAUCCAGGUUGUGAAAUUGUUACACAUCGUAGAUUUGGUUUUGGGAGUUCGUUAUUACGCUGGUCUGAAUCUGAUCUAAGGUUGAUCUAAUAUUCAUCUGCAAUACAAGCAAAUCUGCAACUCGGCAAAAUAAAAUCAAUCGUGAUUUGUACGGGAAAAGGGAAUACAAAUUGUAUCGAAUUUGCAAUUCUCUCUCAUCCUCAAAGGCCAGUUUGCAACAAGUCAAGCGGUGCAAAGCAAAACUGGAAGCUUUGAAGUUGAGAUAAAUUUCAUUAUGAUCUGAUCGUUUAAAAACAGUUCCAUGCUAUGUGUUAGCCGGGUUAUACAGAAAACAGCCCAGAAAAGAAUAGACUUCGUCCUUUAAAGCGUGAUUUAAAAUAAAAAGGAAAAGAGGGAUCUGCAAGAUUCUGACAACUCUGACGAGCGAUGUCUGCAAUAGCUUAUAUCGAAUACCUUGCCGCCGAGUGCCUAGUUUCUAUUUCCAGCAGCCCUGUGGUGCACCAAUCUCCCGGGCAGGGCUUGGCCGAAGAGAAGACGAGGGGAAACCGGGAGGGUUGUGGUUCCCUCCUGAACAUAGCCACAGUCCUGGCCGACCUAAGCAAAUUCAAUUCGCAUUCGCAGGUGGGAUCCAGCCACGAUCCCUGCGCCCGAACGCAGCGCCAAGAGGCGGACUUCACGCCCGCAAUUCCGCUGCGUGGCGCAACGGGGCAAGUGAAAGUUCCCUCCAGCCAACGACACCAGUGCCCGUACGCUGGUUGCGCCAAGAUCUACGGGAAGUCUUCUCACUUGAAGGCGCACCUGAGAACGCACACAGGUGAGAGACCCUUUCCUUGUACUUGGUGUGGGUGCUGUAAAAAGUUUUCCCGUUCCGACGAGCUAACAAGACACUUCAGAACCCACACAGGUGAGAAGAAGUUCAAGUGUCCCUUGUGUGAGAAAUGUUUCAUGAGGAGCGACCAUUUGAGCAAGCAUGCCAAGCGGCACCCAAACUUCCAGUCCAGCAUGCUACAGAAGACACGGAGGACAGCAGUCUCCUCUCUGGCCUCAGCCCUUGAACCAGCCAGGUAGAUGCACAGCCACCCACACAGAAACAGCUGCUGAGGCCUCUCCAACAUCUUUCUGCCCACUUGCUCUUCUGCUACUGAUUUUUAAAGAAAUGGUUAUGACAUUUGCAUUCUGCAUCUUGCUGCUGUGUUCAGAAUUCUGAAGCAAUUUCUCUUUGGGAUCUAUGCUUGCUAGCCAAAAAAAAAAAUUGGCUGCUUUGAGACAUGGAACAGAAUUUCUCUGUAAUGGAUUUCCAAAACUUUAGUAUCUUCUGAGUGAAGUUUCAAAUGGGUCUUCCACAUGUACUUUUCUACUAUGGUACUGUUAGCUGGUGUGAAGAUUUACUGUGCACACUUACUGGGACGCUGAGAGACACUUUCAGCAUGUUCCCUAGAACUAUAGAAAGCCACUAUUAAUUCUUCUCUUUCCCCAUCAGCCAUAGGAGAACUAUCUUAAAAGAGGGAAAUAGGCAAAUCACAGGCAGAAUACUAUAGUAGGUCUCAGGCCACUAACUUUGCAAUUCAUCUAUUUAACUGGGAGCAGAUUGUGGUUGAAGGGGAAGAAAAUAACUUAAAUUUCUGCAGCGUUAGAAAUCAUUGUUGAUCUAACUGUGCCCUUUAGACUAUUCCAGAUACACUCUAAUUUUUGUGAAUUUAGGAAAGAGGAGACAAAAUGACUUUAAAAUUCUGCAAUGCAAUGGAAAACUUUUUUUUGGAAAGUUACCAGAAAAUCUACCUCUGUUUUAGAUUCCACAGUAUACCUUGUCAAUCAUUGUACCAUAUGGUACCUAUCUCUGAGUGUGAAUAUAUAGGGAACAAUCUGUACCAUUGCCUGAGCUAACUUUUAUAUUACUUUGUUUUCUUGUCAUCAACAUGCAAUUUGUACUUGUUGACUCAGUUUCCCCGAGUCAAAUUUCAAAACAAAAUUCAGGUUUUGAAAAUGUGGAGUUCUUAGCAAUGGUUAAGUAAUCCAUCGAGUAAGGAGACAAAAGUGAGAGAACUAAGAAAACUGAAGGAUGAAUGACAGCCAUAUAAUUAAAUUGCACUGUGCUUCAGUGCUGGUAUAUCUGUACCAAUACUGCAAAAAAGAGUAGAGAUCUAUUUCAGUCCAGCUUUACAGCUGAAAGUCUUUUCAAAUCAUUUUAAGGGCACACCUUUCUGAAUCAUACGCUCUAAAUUUUACAGGCUAUCUGACAUCCUGUGUAGGAUGAGUAGAAAUUUCAUCAAUUGAGUAAAGGCAAGACCAAACCCACUUUCAUUAUUCUUUGUGAUAGCUCUGUUCCCUAACUACUGAUGACUUUGUCAUCCUGGGAAGUGUCCUAAGCCUGAACCAGGUGGUUAAUGAUCUUGGUGCAUUGUUUGACACCAUGGUGUGCUUCUGAGUACAUGUAGAAAUAAUGUAUAAUCUACAUCAUCACUAAGAUUAAUGCUUUAAUAUUGUCUGUUCCCACCCCUGGUUGCUCCUAUCAUUGAAACUUCAUUUAUUUGUGACCACUAUACUACAGUAUCCCAGAUGUGAGGUAGCAUACUCCAAAGUCCACAGUUCUGUACAUCUGCUCAAAAAAAAUCUGCUUUUAUCCAGAUGUGCACUAAGGCCAUUUAUAAUCCACACCACCCCCAAAUACGUUAUGGUUUUUGCUUUAGCAACCUCUGGAAUCAGCACUGACCUUGGAACCUCCUGGGAUCCCUUGCAUAUCCUAAGAAUUAAUCUCUUCACAUUUGACAGCCGUACUUUCAGCUGCCUAGGCUAAACCUGUUUCUGUCCUUUUAAGGUACUCACUUUGGAAAAGCAAUCAAAAAUCUUAUGGUACUCUGGGACAAUUACUAUUAAAGGUGCCCUAUUAAUGAUUAUUUUGCUUUACUGAAAAUUGAAAUUUAAAAUGUAGAAGUCAAAAUACUUUUUUAAAAAGCAGGCAACAGUUGUUGUUCUGUAGGAACAUUUAAUCACUUGCCAGAUAAUGCAUCACACUGCAAAUGCGAAUCCAGCUCUAACAUGAACUGAGUUGCAGUAACGUUUUGCAAGUCAGCUGCUGGUGUCUGUUUCAUCUCCACAGACAGUUUGUGCAUAUGAAGAAGACUUGCAUUUAUGUAAUGGCAUUUAAUUACCAAAGAUGUAUUUUCCCCCCAAAGAGUAGUUAGUUGACUGUAGGAUCAAUGCCAAGCUCAAUCACCUCACUGGGGGCAAGUCAAAACUAAGUUUUGGCAUUGGUUUAAAAGUGAGCAAUGGGUACCAAUUCAUAGUUAAUAAAAGAUUUGAUAUAUUUCAUCAUCCUACAAUUUCAGUUAUAGCAUUGCCAGAGAUGGGAACUGUUAAGUUCUAAAUGCUCAGUUGGUUGAGAAGGUUAAUGGCUUAUUCAAUAGAAGUUUCCAAAACAGGGAAAAAGAUUGAGUGAACAAGAAAAAUCCAUUCCUUUGUGUGAGGGUCAGUAAUCCAAGGCCAGAGAUUUAAUAUGAUAAGCAAAAAAAAAGUUAAGAUUUGAUUUCUGACCACAGGAUCUGGAGCACCCUUCCCAAAUGGCACUAGAUGUAGAUUCAAUGGUAACAGAAUACAUAAAUAAUUGAAAAUGAAUAUUAAUAAGGAAAGAACGAGUUAACUAGAGUAUUUCUCUUUGGAUUGAGAAAAUAUGAGAGGUAACUUGAUAAGGUGAUAAGAGGCUUAGAUAGAGUGGACAGCCAGCAACUUUUUCCUAGGCCAAUAUGAGCAGGCAUAAUUUUAAGGUGAUUGGAAGAGAGUACAGCAGGGAUAAUCCAAGGUACUUUUUUUUUACUGAGUGGUAAGUGGGUGGAAUGCACUGAUAGGGGUCAUGGUAGAGGCUGAUAAUUCGGGGCAUUCAAAAGACUUAGGCGCAUGGAUGGAAAAAAAAAUGAAAAGCUAUGUGGGAGGGAAUGGUUAGAUAGAUCUUAGAGUAGGUUAUAAGGUCGGCACAACAUCGUGGGAUGAAGGGUCUGUAUUGUCCUGAAAUGUUUAUGUUCUAUGUGGAAUCUCUUGUGUUAACAAGAGUGGAACUAAUUGUAGAAUUCCUUCACAAAGUUCACAUGCACCAAGCCACCUGUCCUACUCAUUUAUCUUUAAUCCAAUUUAAAAGAAAAUAUUGAUUGUUUUUAUUUAUUAAAUUCAUUUUCUCAUGCUUUGGCUGACAGACAUGACCAGGAUGCAUUCUCCUGCUCUAAUUGAACUGAGUAGUUGUGAGGUCAUUUCUGAGUCAAAUACCUUGGUGGGUCUAGCAUCAAAUAAAAACCAGACCCUAUAAAGAUGGCAAAUGUCCUUCUCUGAAGGACAAUGUGAUCCAGAUGGAUUUUAACAACAACCCUUUGUAACCAUUAUUAAUGACCUCUUAAAUUAAAAUGCCAUAUUAUUAAACUAAAUUUAAAUUCCAGAGCAGCUGUGGUGGGAAUGGAAUUAUAAUCUAGAUAAAGUUAAAACAUCAUUUUGCAUGAUUGUUUGUUUUGCUGCACCUCCUGUUAUCAACUUUGUGUGGCUACAUACCUGGAAAUAAUUAAGGUUGCAAAUAUGGUGCAAGUUAAACAUGACUUAAAUAAGUGCUUAUAUAUUCUUGCAGGCACAUAUUUAAAUUAAAAACAAUGUUAUUAAAUUAGAGUUGGUCUGUGGCUCUACAGCAGAUAGGAGUUAGGGUUGAAGUCUUAAUGUGGUCCAGUCGGAAAUUAUCUGUAGAAUAAACUGCUGGAGGAACUCAGUGGGCUAAAUAGUAU